AUGAGCUCUGCGGAGGAUCAUGCUCACGAACGAACGUACCCAUCGGAUGAUGAAGAUGACCAAACUCCAGAAGAUCACAGUCAAUUCGAAGAAGAGAAAUUGAAAUGGCUGGCCGAAAUUUUCGAAUCUGGUGGCAAGUUUUUCACCAACAUCAAUGCCCUCAAUCGAUCGAUCGAGAGUGCAAACUUAGUCGGAACUCAAUUUGAGACAGUUCACGAUCUUUGGUCAAAGUUGAGCACGCAAUAA